AAGUUGGACAAGGACAAAUUAGGGAAUUGAAAUCAUUCAUGGGAAUUGAGGGCCUUAACAAAACUCUCUGAAAUUUGAUAUCUACUGAGUGACCUCAGUCAACUAGCUUCCCGGUACUGUCACUUAAAUUCAGAGCCACACUUGGUAAGGGCUCAUAAUGCAGAUUUAAGCCCCAAACAGCAGCACUGGAAGAUUUGCACUAACACACACCCGGGGAGCCCACCAUGCUGUUACCAGUCACGGUCAUCCUCACCCUGUGGGUCUCCUGGGCUCAUGGACAAGAAAGAGAAUGCAUCGUUCCCGAUAUAGAGGAGAACUUAAUUGCUCAGCCCCGGAAAGAGAAAUAUGUCAUUGGAGACGUGUUGGCAUUCUCCUGCAGAAAUAGACUCCUCACUCUCGUUGGACCAGACUCUCUUCAGUGCUACCACUUUGGAUGGUCCCCUAGCCCUCCAACAUGUAAAGGUGAUUAAUACUCUGACACCUGCUCAAAACAGAAUUAGAA